AUUAUUGUGGGGGCAGGUCCGUCUGGCCUGGUUGCUUGCAAGACGCUCCUUGAAGCUGCCACGCACGACUUCCCAUUUGACCCCAUUGUACUAGAGCAGGAGGACGAUAUCGGUGACACCUUCCAAUAUCGAUUUUACGAGAACACGACUUUAGUGUCAUCGAAGCAACUGACCUCUUUCUCCGACUUCAGGCUUCCACUCUCUCACUCUGACCACUUGACGCUCGAGCAAUAUGUCAACUACCUAAGAGAUUACGCAUCCCACUUCAAUCUAUGGUCGAGAAUCCAUCUUGCGUGCAAAGUAGUCAAUAUUUUGAAGGACCCACAGGGUGGACAUAAUGUCUCUUACGUCCGGAAACGCGAAGAUAACCCCGCGGAAUGGGAUUCCGAGGCGAUAACUAUACACAUACCUUAUCUUGCAAUCUGUACCGGCUUACACAUUGUUCCCCAUGUCCCUGGUAUUCCAGGAGGUGACAACGCCCUGAAAAAUAACCCCGAAGCGAAACUUUUUCACUCGUCUGAAUACAAGUCUCGGGACCAGCUAAGAGGGAAGAAGAUCCUGAUCUUUGGCACGGGAGAAACAGGGAUGGACAUUGCUUACGAGUCUGCCAAGGCAGGGGCGAAGGAAGUGGUGCUUUGUUCGAGGGCGGGGUUCUUGUCUUUCCCGAAAGCACUUAAUGACUUUUCCCUACUCGGCUUCAAGUUUGAGUCCAAGAGCCCGGUGCCCAUCGAUUCGCUCAUCACGAAUCUCGGAGAGACCGCGUAUGUACAUCCAUGGGUAGCAAAGUCGCAUACCCGAUGGUUCAUCUCGGACUUCGUCAUCAAGAGAGUGCUCUGGGUAUUGACAGGUACGCAAGCAGGCUGCAACCAGUGGGUCGGCGAACUCGAGCCAGAGCGCCUAGGGCGUGCCGACGUCUUUCUCAACAAGGUUUCACUAUGUCUUUGUUUCCCGUCUGAUCCAGACGAGGAUAUGCCCCCGCAGACGGAUUUCACGGUCGAACUGGCUCCCUUCUCCUCGCACUUCACAGAGGGGGGUCGUGCCAUCUCUCCUCUUGACUUGGACAAGCGCAGUAGGCCAAAGCGCAAGGAUGCAGUGCGGAUCCAGGGGAAAGUUGUUAAGCCGAACUUGGUAGCAUAUGCCACCGGUUAUGAGCAAAAAUUCGGUUUCCUAGGCGAAGGGUAUAAGACGCCUGGGGAAGCGGAUGUGAGGAACAUAUGCUGGAGCGGGGAUACCAGCGUGGCAUUUAUAGGCUUCGUCAGGCCGGGUGUUGGCGCCAUCCCACCGAUAUCCGAAAUCCAGUCUAUGUUCUGGGUCUUGCUUCUCAGAGACCAGGUUUGUAAGCCGCUUCGUGCGGCACAUUAUCACCUGCUCGUGAAUGAGAACACCAGAAUCAAAUAUGGCGUGGACCAUUCAACUUAUGUCAGUACGCUCGCCAAGGACAUAGGCGCGGCUCCCGGGCUGCGAGAGGUGUGGAGGGAGUAUGGAUGGCACGUGGUACUAUGCUACUGCUUUGGCGCAGUGUUUAUCCCUUUCUAUCGCCUAGUCGGUCCUUCCAAGUCGCCCGUUGCGCCCGUGAUUAUCAAGACGGAGUUGUGGGAUACCAUCACGAGGAGAGGUCUCAUCGGGAAUAUCAUAGGCUCGUGA